AUUAACCCUAUUGUAAACUAUGUGGAUGCAUGCCAUAAGCACUCCAUAACAAAGUGAGUGGACCAACCUAGACUCCAUAAUUAUUUUAAAUCUCAUCUUAAUUAUAUAAAUAUAUGCACAUGCAAACUCAAGCUUGAUCUCAUUUUAAGUCUCUAAUCUCAUCUUUCCAUUUUCAAGAAGACUUUUAAAUCUGUCUCUCUCUCUCUCUUUGUAAAUAUACAUAUAUAGAUAAGCUCACAUAUAUGGCGACUGAAACAUCUUCUUUGAAGCUCUUCGGUAUAAACCUACUUGAAACGACGUCGGUUCAAAACCAGUCAUCGGAACCAAGACCCGGAUCCGGAUCAGGAUCCGAGUCACGUAAGUACGAGUGUCAAUACUGUUGUAGAGAGUUUGCUAACUCUCAAGCUCUUGGUGGUCACCAAAACGCUCACAAGAAAGAGCGUCAGCUUCUUAAACGUGCACAGAUGUUAGCUACUCGUGGUUUGCCACGUCAUCAUAAUUUUCACCCUCAUACCAAUCCGCUUCUCUCCGCCUUCGCGCCGCUGCCUCACCUCCUCUCUCAGCCGCAUCCUCCGCCGCAUAUGAUGCUCUCUCCUUCUUCUUCGAGUUCUAAGUGGCUUUACGGUGAACACAUGUCGUCACAAAACGCCGUUGGGUACUUUCAUGGUGGAAGGGGACUUUACGGAGGUGGCAUGGAGUCUAUGGCCGGAGAAGUAAAGACUCAUGGUGGUUCUUUGCCGGAGAUGAGGAGGUUCGCCGGAGAUAGUGAUCGGAGUAGCGGAAUUAAGUUAGAGAAUGGUAUUGGGCUGGACCUCCAUUUAAGCCUUGGGCCAUGAAUGAUUAUAAUUUUGGCCCAGUAAAGAUCUGUAAAAUACUACUAGGAUUUCAUUUUUAUAGAGUAUGUUUUUUUCCUUAAUUUCGGUUGAAAUUGGUGAAUAUUUUUAUCUCUUACUUACCAAAUCUCAUAUUUCUAUGUAUGCGUUUGCUUUCACUUUUUUUUUUUAUAUAAUUCUUCUUGUAAAAAAUGCAAUGUGAGUUUUCUUCCCUAUCAUUCUGUCAAGCUUUGGUUCAAUUAUUUAGUAAUCGAAUAAUAUAGGAAUAGUGUUGAAAG